AUGCUCCUCGGUGGCACGAGCACGCGCAAGAUGGCGCUACUGCUCGAGAUGGCGGCCGACGACAAGUGGGCGGAGGUCAACGAGUUCCUCAAGAAGGGUCACGUCGGCAACCUCCACGACCGCAACGACGAGGGCCUCACGCUCUUCCUGCAAGCGUGCGAGAAGGGCAUGGCGAGCACCGUCGCAGCGCUCAUGGCCUUUCCCGUCUUUGACUCGCUCCUCCACGACGUGGCUUCGGAUGGCUCGAACGGCCUCCUCCUCGCGUGCGCCAAGGGGCAUUUGGACGUUGUAAACCUCCUCCUCAUGCGACCGAUCAACGUCAACUUUGAGAACCACGUGGGCUGGACGGGCCUGAGCAUUGCGUGUCACUAUGGCCAUGCGCCGAUCGUCGCGCGGCUCGUGCGCCAUCCUGACGUCAACGUGGCCGUUGCCAACGAGUUUGGCAGCGACGGCUUUCUCACCGCGUGCAUGGAAGGCCACACGGACGUGGUCGCCGAGCUCAUUUCCCACAGCGCGAUCGACGUCAACAAGACGCAUUUGAACGUGCGCCAAGAAUCGCCGGACCGCAAGAGCCGGUCGUUCACAAGUCGACAGCGCAUCACCGACAACGAUGGCUGCUCGGGUUUGAUGUACGCAGCGAGCCUCGGUGUCGAUGGCCUCGUCGCGCUGCUGUUGAAAGGCCGGACAGCGUUCAUGCGGGCGUGCAAGAACGGCCAUCUGGGCGUCGUCACGCAGCUCCUCGGGCACCCGAAGUUGGACAUGAACCAAGUCGAUCGCAAUGGGUGGAACGCGCUCCUGUGGGCGGUGAGCGAAAGCCGCAUCGAGGUCAUUGCGCUGCUCGCGACGCAGCCGACGCUGGCUGUCAACCAAUACGCCAACAAUGGCGUCACGGCCCUCCUUCGGGCGUGUCAGUACGCUGACGUGCCGGCCGUCACGGCGCUUCUCCAGCACCCGCACAUUGACGUCAACUGCACCAACAAGAAUGGCAUGACGUGCCUCAUGUAUGCGUGCAGCCAAGGCGAGACGGCGAUCGUGGCCCAACUCCUCUUGCACCCACACGUGGACGUCAACCACAUGAACCAGUCCAGUGGCACGGCGUGCAUGUUUGCGUGCAAGAACGGCCACUACGACAUGGUCAAGCUGCUCUUGACGCACCCGGACUUCGAGUAUAAUCUCCAAGACGAAACGGGUUGGCACUGCUUGCUAUAUGCGUCGAGCAACGGCCAUGCGCCGAUCGUGGACCUCCUCCUCGAGCACGACCAAGUCGAUGCCAACGUUCCCAACGCCAACGGCGAGACGGCGUUUCAGCACGCGUGCCACCACGGACACCUCCACGUGGUCUUGAGUCUCCUGCGCGUGGCUGACAUUGACGUCAACGCCAAGGACAAUGAUGGCUGGACUGGCUUCAUGCUCGCGUGUUCGUUUGGCUGCACGGCGAUCGUGGAUGAGCUCCUCGCGCGCGACACGCAGGUCGAGUUCAACCACACCAACCACAGCGGGUUUACGGGGCUCAUGCUCGCCUGCCAAAACGGUCACCAUGACAUUGUCGUCAAGCUCAUCACGCACGGCGACGUCAACAUCAACGCGACGAGCACGGUCGGUGUCUCGGCCUUGAUGCUCUGCUGCGAGAAGGGCAACUUGCAGCUCAUUCGGGCGUUCUUUGAUGCAGCCGACGCCUCGGUAUUGGACGUCAACCAGAAAAACCACGAAGGCAUGACGGCCGCGGAUUUCUUAGCGCGCAACUUGCACUGCGCCGAGACCGAUCCGUCGCUCAACGACGAGAUCGCGUCGAUCAUUGCGACCUUGUUACAUAUGGGCAGCUCGCUCAACGAGCGCAAGCGCAGCACCGUGUGCAAGGGCGAGUGCAAGGGCCACGCUGUCAACCUCGCGCAAAUCGCUUGGAACAAGAAAUGGCCGCUCGUCGAGCAGUACCUCCUCGAAGACUCGUUUGGCGACAUCAACAAGACGUACCUGGGCUUCUCGGUGCUCCACCGUGCGUCGACCGACGGCCAAGAGCGCCUCGUUGCCAAGAUUCUGGCGUACAAUAGCGUGGACAUCGACCAGCUCGACAAGGAUGGCAAGACGGCACUCGAUCUGGCGAUCGAUAAUUUGCGUGUCGGGUGCGUCCAGCUGCUUUUGGCCGCCGGCGCCGUCAUGUACCACAGCGUCAAGAGCAAGUCGCGCGAGUUUCAUCGGACGACAGAGUCGUCGGACGAGCGCGAACUCGCGUCGCAAGCGCUCAUCCAGGAACUGCUCACGGCCGAGCAGCGCCAGCGCGACCAGUACCCGCUACACUCAUACCUCCGCUUUGACCGCAUCCAUGACUGCAUCGACAACCUCCCCCGCUUCAAACACAUGCUCGAGGAAGUCGACGCCGACGGCAAAACGAUUCUGAUUCUGGCGGCGGAGAGAGGCCUUGUCGACCUUGUCGUGGCGCUGCUCCGGGAAGGCGCCGAGAUCGACAAUCCGCAGUGGGACCCCUCGACGUCGAUCAACGGCAAGACGGCGCUUGUCUUUGCGGCCAUGGCCGGCCAUGCCAACGUGGUCCAAGUCCUCCUCUCAAACCUUGCCGAUAUGGACGUCAUCUUCACUGACAACCACAUCAAAUUUACGGUGCUGGCGUGGCUCGACGCGCAGCUCGAGACGUCGUAUGACGCGGCGCUGCUCGAGUGCAAGGACAUGAUUGAGAAGGAGAUCUUUUAUCGCGCCAACUCGUCCGUUUACGUCGACAAGCUCAAGUCGACGCUGUACGCGCGCCGGACCAACGAACCGUUUGACGAGAGCUUGUUCAAGCGCGUCGUGCACGCCGACCCGGCCCUCGGGCGCAUCUUGCUCGACGACUGCAUCGAGCCCGACCGCCACACACUGGGCUUCACCAAGCUCGAUCAAGUGUACGGAAGUGAACUCAUUCAGCACAGCCCGCUGUACACGCUCGUCAACUACACGUCCGACAACAACGAGCGCGUGUACGAAGCCAAGAAGCUCCUCGAACACGUCGUCAUGCAGCGCAUCCUGGCGCUCAAGUGGGAGUUUUUCGCCCAGCGCCUCUUUAUCGAAGAGCUGCUCAUGCACUCGGUGCUCGUCAUCUCGAUGACGCUCUCCGUGACGCUCGACCCAAAGCCGACGACGCAGUCGGCCGAGAUGACGCUCUGGGUCAUCAUGAUGGUGCUCGUCGCCAACGGUCUCCUCGGCGUCCAAGCGCUUCGCCCCGGCACGCUCUGGAACUUGGCGAAGGGCCUCGAACACGGCUGGCCGUCGCCGAUAGUGCCGCCGCUUGCGUCGCUCAAGAAGAUGGUCAAGUGGGGCAUUGCCGCAGGCGUCGUGCUGAGCUCGCUCGGCACCACCGCCUUGCUGCUGUGGCUCGUGUUUCCCCAUCUUCCGGGGCACCUCUCCAACUUUCUCGUGUUUUCAUCUCUCGGCCUCUCGACCUUGUACUUCACGUUGCUCGAGUUCAAAGAGUACCGCGGCGAGAGCUCGGCCGAGAAGACGCCCAAGCAACGCAAGGAAGCGCGGAUGUUUCACAUUGGCUGGAAGUACUUCGAGUCGUUUGUCAAUAUUUGGCAACUCGGCACGUACUUUAGCAUCCUCUGCGUCUACAUCCCCGCGUCCCUCGGCAUCUUGCCGCUUCUAUCGAACGACGGGCUCCUCGCGCUCGGCUCGACGCUGACGCUCUCGCUCUGGAUCCUCUCGCUGCAGUACUUUGCAGUCUUUCAAACCGCGGGCUACCUCCUCCCGAUGAUGGCCGGGCUCCUCGUGGACGUGGCCAACUUUUUCAUGUUCUACGCUGUCUUCCAGAUCGGCCUCACGUGCGUCUUCUACCAGCUGCUCCACACCAAGGUCGACGCGGGCUACGACAACUUGUGGAUGUCAUUCACGCGCACGUACUUUGUCAUGCUCGGUCAAUAUGACAUUCGCGACUCACUCGACGACCUCGACGAGCCGUUCAUUGAGACGUUUACGAUGGUGCUGCUCAUCUUCCACGCCACUGUCUCGGUCGUCAUGCUCAUGAACGUGCUGCUUGCGAUCAUGAACAAGACGGUCGACCGCGGCCUCGAGCGCUCGAAAACCGAGGCGGUGUGGAGUUUUGCCGACUCGAUUCUGCGCAUGGAGCUCACGCUUGGGUCACGCGAACGCUUGAAGCUCAUGUACCUCAACCGACCCGGCUACACGGACGCAGGUGACAGCGACAUGGAGCGGUUGCCAUUGCUGCGGAAGCUCACGAGCGCCAAACAGCCCAAGCACCGCGACGGUAUUUUGAACCCGGCGUUUGCCGACAAGAUGCUCAAAGCCGAGUGUGCGCUCGACGACGACGACGCGCGCGUCAUCAAGGAGCUCGAAGAAACGGUGCACGAGUGGAAGCAGCAGCUCCAGAGCCUCGAGAGCGUCAUCGAAGGCGAGAUCGAGACGCUUCUCGAAGCCAUUCGACACGCCAACCACUUUGCGCCGACCGCGAUUCUCGGCAACGAAGCCGAGCGCAUCGGCGCGACCAAAGCCAACGUCUCGCUGCGCUUCCGGACCGUCUUGGAGCAGCGGCCGCCCGAGCUCAAGGACAUGCCGUCGCGCAUCAAGGACGUGCAGCGCGCGGUCGAAGCCGAGUGCCUCGCGUUCCAGCUGGCGCUCACGAGCCUUAGCGAGUCGGACGAUUUCUUCUAUCGCGUCGUGCACGGUCUCUCGCUCAACAGCGCGAUCGAGCGCGGUAUUACGACGAUCCGCGCCCAGUUUGGCAAGGCGGUUGACGCCUUCCAGCACAAGGCCGACGAGGAACUCACGCUCGGCGACCUCCAGACGCAGGCCACCGAGAUCCAAGCCACGCAAGUCGCCGCGUUCAAAGAGCAGUCGCAGCGCUGGGCGAUCUUCACCGAGCUGUUCAGCAAGCCGCCGCCAAAGGAGCCAGCGCUCUUUACGGCCAAGUCGCUGGGCACGAGAGGCAGCACGGUCACCGACUCGGACGUCGCGUCAAACGUGGCGCGGAUCGAGUUGCAGAUGAAGCGCCAGGCCGAAGCCGCGCAAGCCCAGAAUGCCGCCCUUGUGGAGCAAAUGGCCGCGAUGCAAGCCACCUUGAACCGGCUCAUGGACCGACUCGACGCAAAGACCGACUAGAUUCUGAUGGUAUAACUCAAUGCUGCACUUUGGCUCGUGUGCUAGUUGGCCACGCGUGUGCCAACCGA